CUGCCACUCAAGUAUCUCUCUCUCCUCACACUCGUGGUGCAGAACAGUGCACUCAUCCUAGUAAUGCGCUACACUCGUGCAAGUGUCCCGGAAGAUAAACGUUAUCUGGCAUCGACCGCAGUCGUAAUGAGCGAGGUUGCGAAAUCUCUUGCCUGUAUGAUUGUCCUCUACUUGGCCCCACAACCCCACUUACGCUCUAUAUCAAGACUGUUCCAAAUGCUGAAUCGCGAACUGAUUGUCAACUGGAGAGAAAGUGCAAAACUCGCGUUCCCAGCCAUACUCUAUCUUAUUCAAAACAAUCUCCAAUACGUUGCUGCUACAAACCUUGAUGCUGCUACCUUUCAAGUAACUUACCAGCUCAAGAUUCUUACUACUGCCUUCUUCAGUGUCGUGAUCCUUCACCGAAGCCUUAGUCGAACCAAAUGGAUCGCAUUGGCCUUGCUCACCCUUGGUAUCGGACUCGUUGUCUUGCCCAAGGACGCUUCUCUUGCUGUCCUUUCCUAUUUUAAUCCCGAGAAAUACGCCGAGAAUGGUCUUGGGGAUGGUAAUAUUGGCAACCAAUCCAACAUCGAGGGCUUUACUGCUGUUCUGAUGGCUUGUGUUCUCUCUGGACUCGCUGGCGUUUACUUUGAGAAGAUCCUAAAGGCACCUAAUUUACUUUGGAUCAGAAACAUACAGAUGUCCUUCUUCUCGGUCGUUCUUGGUCUUUUGUUUGUCGUGUUAUUGCAAGAUGGUGCAACUAUUGCUGAAAAGGGCUUCUAUGCAAACUACACUGGAUUGACCUGGUUGGUGAUUGGUAUCCAGGCAUUCGGAGGUCUUGUGGUAGCUGUGGUAGUCAAGUAUGCCGACAAUAUCCUCAAGGGCUUUGCAACAAGUAUUUCCAUCAUUUUGUCGAGUAUCAUCAGUGUCUGGGUUUUCAGUUUCUCGAUCUCUCUGUCCUUUGUCAUGGGUGCUACUCUAGUGAUUUACGCUACUUACCUAUAU